AUGGAUGUGGAAAUGCAUGUUGUUCUUGCGUUAAUUAUUACAAUAAUAGUGCCCAGAAUUACAUUUUGCAGUGAAUGCAUUGUAAAUUACUCACUAAACUGCCCUGAAGGAUGGAAGGCACUCACUAACAAUCAAUGCCUGAGUCCAAUCUCAUAUACAGGCCCCUGUGACUCCACAAUUAGUGUUUUAAAGUCUAAUAAUAGUACUAAAGACGUGGAAGUUAAGAAAACAUUGGAAGCCAAAUGCAAAGUAAAAUGGCCCUGCAGUAAAACGGAUAAUGAUUAUACCAGGCAGUGUCCUGACUUAUGGUACCUGAAGCCUAAUGGUGUUUGUUCACCGACCUAUGGCUACAGUGGCAAUUGUUCAGAUCACCACUUUUCAAGUGUGGAAGACAAGAAGAAAUGGUCACAUAUUUGCAAUCUAAAGUGGUCUAAAAGUGUAACUAGUGACAGUACAAUUAUUACAGGAUGCCCCAAAGGAUGGGAUAGGGUACUUGACUUAUGUAUCGCACCUAAAAGCUACAAUGGCCCGUGUCUAUCAGUGGCACAAAUUGCCAAUAAGACGCCAGAUUUCAAGAAAACAUAUUCGUUUCUUUGCGAAGUGACAUUUUGA